GGUACCUCCCUCCCUACACAUAAUAUUCCUAAUAUUCGCGAUACCUAUUGAUUUGAUUCGUUUUGUUAAAUUAUUACAAAAAUAUUAAACUUAGAUUUUAAACCAAAACAAUUUUAUGGAAUUGAGCUGGUAUUAUAAUAAAUACCGAGCCUUAUUCGUGUUUGUAGUUAUUAGUGUUAAUAGUUAGUUCAUAGAGUUCGGAACAAACAAUAAUGAAUUUGGAGACCAAUAGAUUGAACACCUUUACAAACUGGCCUGCUUCAGCGCCUGUGGAUUCUAUAAGAUUAGCGAAAGCGGGUUUUUUCUACACAGGCCAGGGUACUGAGGUGGAGUGUUUUAGUUGUGGAGGUAAAAUAUCGGAGUGGAAUUACGGCGAUCAGGUUAUGUGGCGACAUAGAACAUUGGAUGCCACUUGUGCGUUCGUCAUGAACCCGACGCUUUCUGGUAAUGUUCCCCUAGUGUUAGGCCGUGAGUGUACCGUGCAAUCUGGACAGAGGGCCACAACUGAUGUGCAACAGGAGUCAGAUACUCAGGAUUAUGGUUUCAAUGAAGAGGAUGAUAUGUACAAGAGCGACGCCCUGCGGUUAUUGUCUUUCGUCAAUUGGGAUGAUAAUUCGGUCUCUCGCCAAGAGCUAGUAAGCGCAGGGUUUUAUCAUGCUGGUGGAGGAAGACUUCGCUGUGCAUGGUGUGGAGGGGAGCUUGCACCUUUCAGGAGCUUGGGAUCUCUCGGCCCCCCACUAGAAGUACAUAGAAUGUACUUCCCCCGCUGCGCGCACGCGGCUAACUUGGAAUUGGAGCGGAGAAAUAACGAGCUCUCCCCGCCCUCCUCAUCACCUUCUUACACGCCUCCAUUGCAAUCGCCCCCAAUUACAGUUAAUAAACCCCAAUCGUCGGGUGCGGAACACAACGCGCGGGUAGUGGAAGCGGGAGGGGAGUGGCGGUCUCUGGGAGUGGUGGGGGGAGGCGCGAGGCAUCCCUCCCGAGCCGCGCUCGCUGCGAGGCUGGCGACGUUCGAGCGCUGGCCGGCGGACCGCGCGCAAGCUCCUAGAACUUUAGCCGACGCUGGUUUCUUUUAUACGGGUAUAGAUGAUCAGGUGCGAUGUUUCUACUGCGACGGCGGCCUGGGCAAGUGGGAGGCGGGCGACGCGCCGUGGUCGGAGCACGCGCACUGGUUCCCGCACUGCGGCUACGUGCUGCUCGUCAAGGGGCAGGAGUUCGUGGACUCAUGCCGCAACCGCACCUCCGUGCAACGCACGUUCUCAGCUGACAGGGGUCUCAGUUCAAGAACCCGAAAUCCAGGUGUGAAUUUCCCAAUAACCGAGAGUCAGGUAGAGGAAUGUAUGGAGAGCAAUGCAGCACUAGCGGCGUUAGGCGCGGGCCUGGACGUUGCUCGAGUCCGUCGCGCCAUCGUCAGACGGUUGCGAGCUACAGGUCUCCCAUUCAGUUCGUCGGAAGCUCUCAUCGACGCAGUCCUGGAUGAGCAGCUGAACGAAGAGGCGUGGUCCGUGUCGCCGCACAGCCAGCGCCUCGCCAGGGACAUCCUAGCGGAGACGCUGCGAGACUUUGCCCCACGCUCUGGAUUAAUCCCCGCGUCAAACAUAGAAGAAGAGAGAUCUGAUAGCCAAACGUCACAAACGGACAGCCCAAUUCGAACGCCAACACCCAGCAGUGUACCACAAACUACACACAGGCCCAACCAACCACAAAACAGCGGCAGCCAACUCGCGACCGACCAGACCAACGACGUUACCGACAACAAUCCUGAACCAGAUGGCGGUCCUGUCAUAAACAAGAAUAAUAUUACCUUAGAAGAGGAAAACAGGCAGCUGAAAGAAGCAAGAUUAUGCAAAGUGUGCAUGGAUAACGAAGUGAGCGUGGUUUUCCUGCCGUGCGGUCACCUGGUAUCGUGCGCGGGGUGCGGCGCGGCGCUGGGUGCGUGUCCGCUGUGCCGCGCGCCCGUCAAAGCGCUCGUGCGCGCCUACCUCGCCUGACCGGCCGUCUCGCCGACACUGCAGAGUUGUAUGUUUGCAAUGCAAGCCUCGCGUGGAAUUGAUUCAAUGCCGCCCAACGCAGCGUAACACAAUGUCCAGCGAAGUGUACUAGUUAAUUCAUUAUCUUAGUAAAUACGCUAUAUCUAAUUAAGGGUCUGAUUUAUUGAAAGACGAUAAGUAUAUUAUGCAAUAUUUUUGUUCUAUUAAAUAAUACUUUAAACAAAAGUAAUGAGUGAUAUUUUGAAAAUCGUUAAUACACUCCUAACUGUUACAUCCCUAAUACAUAUUUUUAUUCGUUUUCGAUGUAGUGGCCAAUUACAAAUAUAUUUUAUUGUAAACUCUCGAAUUAUGGAAAAUCGUUGAAUUUUGCAACAUAAACUAGGAAUUAUCAAGACCUAAUUUUAAAAGUCCGAAUUGUUCUUAUAUGAUCGUUAUAUUUCGAACUUUUACCAGCAUCCACUUGGUAUAUUCCUCAGAGGCAAAAAUUUGUGGAGAGAGAAAAGUUUUUUAAUUUAUUUAUUCAUAUUAUGAACAAACAAAUACAUUUUAGUUUAUAUCUCGCCAAACUACACAGCGGUUUGUCAAACUGUUAGUGUCUUAGUUUUCACUACAAACAUCGUCAACAUUUAUCACAGGUAGAACACACUCCUUGAAAACUUUCGUCCUAAGCUUUGAGACAUUGACGAAUUUGAACUCUGACAUUAUAAUUUUGGAAAACACAAAACCCAUAGUUUUCGGGACGUGAAUAUCCGUACUAGGGGUGUAACUCGGGCACUAAACACUAAUCGCUUUGCUUCGUAGUUUCGCUUGGGCAAAUAGGAACUCGUCAUUUGUUUAAGAAUACAAUACAGCAUUUAAAAAAUAAGUAAUUUAAUAAUCCAAUAAGUAAAUAAAUCUUUCUGAUGUUUUUCUGUAAACUAAAUUUAGAGUAUCUCCAUCUUUUUCUUUUAAUUAAUAAACUUAAAAACUAAAAGUGCUACAACAGGCUGACGAUAAUUUCCAUAUAUAUUUAAGAUAUUCCAUAAAUUCCAUAUUCAAAACUUUUUAAAAUUUAUAAAAAUAUGAAAAAAUAUUUUUAUAGAUGUAAUUGAGUCUAAUAAUAAUUGAGAAGUAUUUAUUUUCUCUUUUAUUAAUUCACAUUUCACAUUGCUCACUUGCCUAAGAAACAUUUUUGCAACUUUAUUGCUGUACAAAAGUACAGUACCUACUAGUGAUUUUAUUAAAUUACUUAUUAUUAAAACCUAAUGUUUAGAAGUUUUGUCAAACAAACUAUAAGAAUAUUAGGUAUUAUCAAAUUAAAAAAAAAAUACGUUUUUGCGUAUCUUUGUUAGAUAGAGCUAUUGUCCAAACAAUAAUUAUGUAUUAUAUUCGUUUUAUAUAACAGCUCUGUUAAUACCUACUUACUUAAUAAUAAUAAAUAAUAAUUUAUUAGAUUAACGUUUAUUUAUUAAUAGGUAUUGUUGACUUAUAUUAAAAAAUAUUAAAAACAAUAAAUUUAUCUUUUAAAAAAUAUUAUGUUAGCUAUUUUUAAUCAAAUAAACGAAUUCGAUAAUUUUGUUAUAAGACGGCCUCCCUGGAGCAGUGGUAAGCACUGUGGUCUUGUUAUAGGAGGUCCCGGGUUCAAUUUCCGGCAGGGGUAUGGAAUUUUAUAAUUUCUAAAUUUCUGGUAUGGUCUGGCUCUGGUGGGAGGGUUCGGCCGUGGCUAGUUACCACCCUACAGGCAAAGCCAUACCGCCUAGCAAUUUAGCGUCCCGGUGCGAUGCCGUGUAAUCAAAGGGGUAUGGGUUUAAUGAAAACUGUCACCCCGUCCAGGUUAGCCCGCUUAGACUGCAUCAUCACUUACCACAAGGUGAGACUGCAGUCAGGGCUAACUUGGUUCUGAAUAAAAAAAAAGCAUGUUUAUAUUAAUUCUAUGUCGCCCAAAAUUAUAAUCUAUUUUAGUGUUUGUUUAUUUCACAAAAAUAAUUUGAAGAAACUACUGUUUUAAACUUUCUAGAUUAACUAGUGAAUAGUGACAGAUAAUAAUGCAAAAAAAUGAUAUAACACCAAAUACGAGAUAACUUGACGCAAAGUGCAAUACUAUCACUAUAAUAUCAUGAUACACUAUUUUAUCUGGCUUGUACUCGUAGGUAUCGGGAGUACCUAGGUAUUUGGAACUAUU